AUGAGCUAUGCCAAAGCCAUAUUUCCUUAUCAUACAGGUGUUAUUGGUGAUCUUGAUUUACAAGUAGAUGAUGUUAUUGAGGUUUUAGAACAAGUUGAUAAAAAUUGGCUUCGUGGUAAAAUCAAUGAUAGUAUUGGUCUUGUACCAUGUGAAUUUGUUGAACGCCUUCCUAUAAAACCUAUUGAUCAUAAUCAAUCAUCAUGCAUUGCACAUACAGAUUAUCGUUCAUCUCAUGAAGGAGAUUUACAAUUUCAUCGAGGUGAUCGUAUAAUUGUUCAUGAACAUUUACCUAAUGGAUGGUUUCGUGGAUCACUUCAUUUUGAUUUACCUGGUACAAGUUAUAGACCAACUGGUAUUUUUCCAAGUACAUUUGUUACAUUAGUCAAAUCAAAUACAAACAGUAUCAAUCAGAAUGAAACUCAAGUACCGUCUAGUCAAAAUAACCUUUUAUUAUUUGAUGAAAGUCCAAUAAAAUUUGUUCGAGUCAUUUGUGAUAUAAAACCGAGUGGAUCAAAUGAAUUGGGUUGUUUUGAAGAUGAAAUUCUCGCUGUUAUUGAAGGUGAUAUUAAUCAAAGUGAAUGGUUAGUUGUUAAAAAUGCAUUUAAUUCAAUUGGACGUAUAAAACGUAUCUUUGUUGAACCAAUUGAUGAUCAACAGAGUGAUAAUGAACAAAAUAAUCUUUUAUUUGUGCCUAAUAUCAAAACAAAUCAAUAUCAAAAAUCAAAUAGUAAUAGUCUAGACACAAUACAAGAACUUGUCGAAAAAGAAUUUGAUAAAUUAAUGAAAAAAGAUGUUAAAACAGAACAAGAUUUAAUAAUGAAUUUGGACAUCCGUUCUUCUCAACUAAGUCUUCAUUCAUUAUCUUAUUAUCCAACAAUAAUAAAUACAACAACAUCAACAAAUAAUAAUUUUAAUCAACAUUCUUUAUCAUCAUAUUUUCGUCGAAUAAAAAAAAAUUCUAGAAAAAAUUUUUGUUGCCAUGGAACAAGAUUAUCAUUAUCUUGUUUUAAAUGUUUUCGAUAUUGUAUUCCAACAAAAUAUAAAUGUGAGUUUUAA